UUGGGACAGCUCCGCGCCCUCGGGCGGGACAGAUCCAAGUUGGGAACAGCUGUGGGCGCAGGGCCUUCAAGAUGAGGCCGGCACUAGCUCUGUGCCUCCUCUGGCAGGCGUUCUGGCCUCGACCUGGCCGGAGCGAGCACCCCACUGCAGACCGCGCGGGCUGCUCGGCCUCGGGAGCCUGCUACAGCCUGCACCACGCUACCAUCAAGAGGCUGGCGGCCGAGGAGGCCUGCAGUCUGCGCGGCGGGGCGCUCAGCACGGUGAGCGGGGGUGCAGAGCUCCGGGCGGUGCUUGCGCUCCUGCGGGCAGGCCCGGGGCCCGGAGGGGGCUCCAAAGACCUUCUGUUCUGGGUGGCGCUGGAACGCGGGCGAUCGCACUGCACUCUGGAGAAAGAGCCAUUGCGGGGUUUCUCCUGGCUCUCCCCCGACGUCAGCGUGUCCGAAAGCGAGACGCUGCAGUGGGUGGAGGAGCCUCAACGCUCCUGCACUUCUCGGAGUUGCGCAGGACUCCAGGCCACCCGGGGGGUUGAGCCCGCAGGCUGGAAGGAGAUGCGAUGCCACUCGCGCGCCAAUGGCUACUUGUGCAAAUACCAGUUUGAGGGCUUGUGCCCGGCGCCGCGCCCCGGGGCCGCCUCUAACUUGAGCUACCGCGCGCCCUUCCAGCUGUACAGCGCGGCUCUGGACUUCAGUCCCCCAGGGACCAAGGUGAGUGCGCUCUGCCCUGGGCAGCUCUCCAUCACAGCCACCUGCAUCGUGGACGAGGUCGGCGCGCGCUGGGACGGGAUACCCUCCGGGGCUGUGCUCUGUCCCUGCCCCGGGAGGUACCUCCGUGCUGGCAAAUGCGCAGAGCACUCUAACUGUGUAGAUGACUUGGGAGGCUUUGCCUGCGAAUGCGCGGCGGGCUUCGUGCUGGGGAAAGACGGACAGUCUUGUGUAAUCAGUGGGGAAGGACAGCCGGUCUCUGAGGGGACUGAGGUGCCCACCAGGUCAGCCACUGCAGCCAGCCCCGAUCAGAAGAGAACGUGGACACCCAGGGUACCUGAAAAGCCAAGGGAGGUACCACAUGUCCUUGGACAAGGCAGUUCAGCAACAUCUAUUGCCGAGAUUCCUCAGUGGGGAGCACAGAGCACGAUGUCCACUCUUCAGAUGUCCUCUCAAGCUAAUUCAAAGGCCGCCAUCACCUCUUCAGGAAGCGUGACUCCCAAGUUUAAUUCCACGUCUUCCCCUGCCAUUCCCCAGGCUUUCAACUCCUCCUCCACCGUGGUCUUCAUACUUGUGAGCAUAGCGGUCAUAGUGUUGAUUAUCUUGACUAUGACAGUGCUGGGGCUUUUCAAACUCUGCUUCCACAAAAGCUCUUCUUCCCAGUCAAGAAAGGAGCCUUUGGCCCAGCCAGGCAUGGAGAGUGGUACCGAGGCCGCUGCUCUGCGCUCCAGUUCUGUACAAUGCACAGACAAUGGGGUGAAGGUAGGGGACUGUGGUCUGCGGGACAGAGCGGAGGGCGCCUCACUGACAGGGUCCUCUCUUGGGUCAGGUGACACAUAGGGAAAAGGCACUCCCUCUGAGCAGAGUUUUUCAUUGUCAAUGAAAGGGGAAAGAAAAUGAACUUAUUUAGGGACUGACUAUUCCUAUAGAAAAUUCUCUUCCCCCAAAUUCCCUCUACUCUACUGAGGAGAUACAUCUGAACUGGACGCUGGAUCCCUGAAGAAGAAAGAGGUGAUUGAAAUGGAAGUGCCUUAUGGUGGUAGUGGGGGCUGGGAUCCUACUGUGGAGAGGUUUUCCCUUGUGUUUAUUCUGGGGGACUUGGAGAAGGGCUUGAAUUUGUUAAGACAUUGGAAGCAAAUAGAAAACAACACAAUUAAAAAAAAAUUUUUUUAAACCAAAAUGGAAGGGAAACUUACUGUCUGCAUUGUUCAGCCUGGACGUAUAAUGGUUUGAAAUUCCCAGGCAAAAAAUAAAGGAUUGUUGAUAACCCACACUCAAAUAUCAUUGGUUUCCUGGAGGAGUAAUUAUUUAGGAAAAACAGCAUAGGGGCAUGCUGGGAAUAGCAAUAAGAGCAUCCUGCUUUCAGAUUGAAGGGGAAAUCUUCAAGUCCUUGUAAUGAGGAGUAGAUCUUUAACAACUAGCAACUUUUUUUCUUGGUUCUUUUAUACUUUGCUUUCAAAGUCACUGCUACUUAUGUGCUCUGCUAUAAAUCCAAACUGUAGUGUUGCCAGAGUAGCUGGCUCUAGAAGGAAAUUAUAGUUGACCACCAAUUCAAGUGUUUACUGUGUGUCCUUGCUCAAGGAAACAAAUGAUUUGUGUUUUCCAUUUCCAGCGUUUGUGCUGUCCAGUGUAAUGACCUUCCCAACCAAAUAGCCCUCUCCUAAACAUUAGGAUGCUGAUCCUCACUUCCAAUUAUGGUGAUGUUAAUUUUCAAUUAAAACGUUAAUGCUAAGUAUUGAUUUGAAAUCUUUUGGGUGCAUUAAAGCAAAAAUGAGCUGGAUUUCUGCCAAAGUUGCUAGGUUCUUACGUACUGUUUAAUCCAAUGAAAAAUGUUGAAUUCCAAACUAUUUCCUUAUCCUCCUUAAAAAAGUGUGUGUAAAAAAAAAAAAGUGUGUGCAAUGAUUGUACAUGCCCAUCUUCAAAUGUUUAUAAUUUAACAACAGGCAUGGUAACAGCUCUCCAUAAGAUUGAUAGUAUAAGAAAUAAGUGAAAAAUACAAAUAUCUAUCAUCUUGUUGUGACUUGGGGCAUUAGAAAGUAAUCUAAGUAAAGCAUUCCUCUAAAAAAUAAUUGAGAAGUUAUAAUAAUCACUAUCUAGUGGAAUUGAAACCCCUAAAAAUAUCCCACUUCUAUUAGUAUGCUAAGACUUAAUAUUUUUUUAAAUAUUUAUUUUUGAGAGACAGAGAGAGGCAGAACACAAGUGGGGGAGGGGCAAAGAGAGAAUGAGAUACAGAAUCAGAAGCAAGCUCCAAGCUGUCAGCACAGAGCCUGACAGGAGGCUCAAACUCAUGAACCUCGAGAUCAUGACCUCAGCCGAAGUUGGAUGCUUAACCCACUGAGCCACCCAGGGGCCCCUAGUAUGCUAAAACUUUAACACUAAGUAUGUGGGUGUUGUUAUACAGAGAGAGAGAAAGACAAACAAGCUUAGUAAUCAGGAAGAAUGAAAACAAGAAGUUUGCACUAUAUUUUCAUAGAACCAUUUUGAUGCUCUCAAGUGUAAUUUGUAUUAUUUAUAUAUAUAUAUAUAUAUAUAUAUAUAUAUAUAUAUAUGGUAUUUUAACAUUAAAGGAAUAAAGUAAUAGGCAAUUUGCUUCAUAUACUAAAUAUAUAUCUAAAUAGUUAUAAAAUAAAAUCACAAGUGAAUUAGAUUUAAGAUGUGAAGGAAUUUUAAAUGAAAUCAUUUCACAAGAGAACUAAAAUCAGGUAAGUAAUGGCUUACUCAGUGUCUCUAACUUGUCAGAGUGUCUCAGUUCUCCUCAAUAGUGGUGUUUUAUCUUUCCUCUUUACUACAUGACCUCUGUGUAGAAAAGGUAACUGAAUAGAAUAUAUGAUCCUUUCUUUUGUAACUUGAAAAAUAGGUCCCUCUAUCACUGAACUGAACUGUAAAUUAUCUAUGUCUAUACUUAUCAAUAUAUCUAAAAUUAUCUAUAUCUUUGUGUGUACACAAGCUUUGUCUUAAAGUAGAUUGCUUUUGUAUCAUUGCUAUAAUACAAUGGAGUAUGUAUCAUUAACUUAUUAUGCAACAUGACACUGGUGGCAUUACAAAUCUUGGAGUCCAAAUGCCAUAUGUGAAAAAUAAAUAGGUUUGAGCUUUGUUACUCAA